AUGGAGAAGUACGACGCAGGAUACCCCGCGGGAGAGUUCAGCACCAUUUGGAGGUCAGUUUCGCAGGAGCCUCUCGUGAAAACGGCCUCGAGGCCUAGAAUCGGGUUCCUUGAACUCGAUAUUACACUUCAGAAUCUCUUGCGCUUCCUCGUCUUCGCUGGAGGAUCUGUUCCAGAGAGACUGGUAACGAAAGUUAGUUUGAACACGUUUUGGGGAACUGAUGGGGAGGUCCGGGUCAAACACGGGGUUGCAGCCGCAUUCAUUCCUGAUGCUCCUACGACUCUCUCCAACCUAGAGUACCUUGAGCAAGAGGGCUAUAUUACAUCGACCUUGGAGCAACAGCGGAUUUACUUAGCGGCUCCAGCGACCGGGACGUCUGUAAUUGAGAACACAACAGACGUCCUCUACUGGAAAUGGCUGGUUGCCACUGCCAUAUUCGAAGCAUUCCCGAAAGACCGAGAGAUCGAGCCUGUCUACUAUUCCUCAACCGGCCAGAGCCUGAUACGCAAUGCGAACCUUGCUCUGUCGUAUUUCCUCGAGAACGAGAAUCACUUUGACAAGACACUUGUUGUCGAAGCUUGUAUGGCAAUUUCGUAUUUUGGCUCUGCAAGCUGGAAACGCCUUACCAUCUCCCUUGCUGAAUCGGCAUGCGACGGCGUAUGUGACCCGGCAUUGCACGCGAUGGUAAUGCUGCGGAAAACCAGAUUGGCUAGGAUUUAUCGUGGCGGCAACGUCAUUUCUGGACCACUAUGGACAUUGGAUCAGAUCCGCACGAGUCUAAGCUCCCGAGACCCGGUUGAGCCACGUUCUAACGCUCACCUUGGCGAGCUUGUAUUGUUCCGGGCGCAGCUUGUCGUUGACAGGGGUGGUAAGACACAGGAUGUUCAAAACAUCUUGAAAGAGUUUCACGCCCUGGGGAGGCCUUCAACUUUGGAACAUUCUAUUCUUCAUGAAUGCCAAUUCAUCCUUGCUAGGAGCCUACGGUUCCAAGGAAGAUUUGACGAGGCAGCGAGUUGCUUACAGGAGUUGUUUCAAAGGACUGCAAAGAGGUCCGUCCCCAAAUCGGCUGCGUUGCACUUCAGCGACGUCGAAUGCGAGAGAGAACAUUCCAUGCAGGCAAUUCGCUUCUUGGAGAGUGAAAGCGUCGUGGCAGGCACGAUAUCCGGAAGCAAGCACUGGAGGCAAUUACAGUUUUCCAGAGCUAAUGCCAAUUUGAUGUGUGGCCUCUGGAACUGGGUUAGAAAACGGGAGAGAAACUCGAGGUGGUUCGAAGAUGCUAAGAACCUCUUCCCAGACGCACAAAAAGGCAUUGAGGAGAGUGCAUUCCACAGGCAUAUGGUUUUUGGAGUCCACGCCGGAUUGGGCAUGAUCUAUCUGGUUCAAAACGACAUGGAGGCGGCAUUUUCAAGUUGGACGGAAGCUCUUGACAUCGCAAAGGAAUGCUGGCCAGAACCUGGUCAUUCGGAGAUGAUAACUCUUUAUGCUCUGAGUCAAGUCUACUAUCGCAUUGGCCGCGACGGUGCACACGAGCUUGCAGCAAGUGCAAGAGCUAUCUUUCGCAACAAGGGUCGCCAGUACUAUUUUGUUGGACAGGGAACGCUUUGGCUGGAUGUCCUGAGUGACCUGGCAGAAGAUGACGGACAGCAAAGACUGGUCUCUCGAGUGGAGCUAAGCAUGAGUUCGUAG